GUUCGAACGAGACACCUUCAAGCAGUCAGAAGGCGCCGCCGGCGUUGCUGGGCCCGCCCUCUCUGCUGUCGCUGAUGCUCGUCAGCAUCUGCUUGGGAGGGAUGGUCCUCCCCUGCCUGGGACGACUGGCAAGCACCCCAUAUCCGAAAAGAUUGGCACUGCCAUUACUGGCGGCAAGCAGAAUGCGGGCACCAAGGGUUACCUUGCUGCCUAUAUCAAGCAGCUCGAAGAGAACCCGAUGCGGACCAAGAUGUUGACCGCCGGCACUCUGGCCGGCGCACAAGAGUUCAUUGCAUCGUGGCUGGCAAAGGAUCGUAAUAAGAACGGCAACUACUUCACCUCGCGUGUGCCUAAGAUGGCCGCAUAUGGUGCUUUUGUCAGCGCCCCUCUCGGCUCUCUCUUGAUCUGGCUCCUGCAGAAGGUCUUUGCGGGCCGUACAAGCCUGCGCGCCAAAAUUCUACAGAUUCUCGCUAGCAACCUCGUGAUCGCACCCAUCCAGAACUCUGUGUAUCUGGUUGCCAUGGCCAUCAUUGCUGGCGCGAGAACGUAUCAUCAGGUGCGGGCAACCGUUCGCGUUGGCUUUUGGAAAGUCAUGCGCGUGAGCUGGAUCACGUCGCCCAUCUGCCUGGCCUUUGCGCAGAAGUUCCUGCCCGAGAACACCUGGGUGCCAUUCUUCAACCUCGUGUCGUUUGUCAUUGGUACCUACAUCAACACCGUCACCAAGAGGAAGCGCCUCGCGGCUCUGCGCAAGAAGCACUUUGGUGACCAGGGCGGUAGGCCAGGAUCUAUUUCAGGCGGUCCCCCGCACUCAGACGACUACCCUCCCAUUGGGCCCAACCCACCUUACUAGGUGGACGUUGUGGUGUGGUGUGAGAUAGAUCGACACAACGCGAAGUGGUUUGGUCAUUUGGUGUAGUGCUCUUUACCGUAAAAGCAGUUUUGCGUUGUGCUGGGGUUUCUCGUCUUGGUGGUUUGUGGCAUUGGAUACCACAAGAGUGUGCACGGGUUUUGGUGGUAUAAUGAGGGGAUAUAUUCACGACGGGAUGAAAAUAUCUGAUCACGCUAUGGUUGAUGAUUUUUUCUUUCUUUCUUCUUCAUCUGUCCUAGCAGUACAUGUCCCUCGCCCUUUGUAGCAGAUAGUAGGCACAUAAGAAAAUAGCGUUUUCGUAUCUGUCCAG